GACAUCAGACGCUCGUGACCAUGAACACUUCCGGGUUGAAAGGGUCCUGCGUACCUACUCACUGUCUGCCAUCAGCCACCACCGAUAACGGAAACUGAAUUAUGGGUAAGCGAAAGAAGUCAAGCAGGCAGCCACAACAAACAAGAAAGAAAGAACCACUGCCCACGACAUUUGCAUGUCUAUUCUGCAAUCACGAGAACUCAAUAAUAGUGAAGCUGGACAAGAAGCUUGGGUUGGGGAAUCUUACUUGCAAAGUCUGCGGGCAAAGAUUUCAGACAGGAAUCAAUUACCUCUCUGCCGCCGUUGACGUGUAUUCGGAUUGGGUGGAUGCCUGUGACGCUGUCGCGAAAGACGCCGCCCAUAAGUACGAAGAAAGUGAUACUCGUGUCGGACGCUCGAAUGACUUUACUACUUCGCCCGGUGCUCGUAACUUCGAUGCUGAUGAUGCGCACGCCGAUGGCGAGUAUGCUGACGAUUACUGACGCGUCUAAGGCGGCUGGCAGGUUUUAAGUAUCUACAAAGUCUGCUGUAAUGGAGCUGAAUGGCCACAUUGACACCCACAUACCACUAGAAUGGAGAUUACCUGUGUAGCAGCAAUUUUAGAUAAUCAAUCACACGAGGUUCACAUGGACAUAACCUCUUGAGUUUACGGAGAAUUGAUUUAUAGUGUAUAAUA